AUGGAUGUUGAGCUCUACGUCUACGACCUGUCUAAAGGUCUUGCGCGAGUGUACUCUCAACCCUUGACAGGGACACAAAUAGAUGCCAUCUAUCACACCUCACUGGUCAUCAGUGGGGUUGAGUACUACUUUGGUCAAGGCAUUCAGACUGCCGCCCCGGGUAGUACUCACCAUGGACAGCCAAUUGAAAGGGUCCAUAUGGGGAAGACUGAGCUCCCCAGUGAGGUGAUUGAAGAAUAUCUUGGCUCUCUAGCCGCCAUCUAUACUCCGGAGUCCUACGACCUAUUCCUGCACAACUGCAAUAACUUUACGCAAGAUUUCGCCAUGUUUCUAGUGGGCAAGAGCAUUCCCGAUCAUAUCAGGAAUCUGCCUCGCACUUUCUUAGAGACCCCCUUCGGCCAAAUGAUGAAGCCGCAGAUCGAGGCAGCUCUAAAAGGCGUGACCCAGGGCUCCGGUCUGGGUCCGGUUCCUGGACCAAGCGCUCAACCCACAGCAGCAAGGCCUUCUCAGGCUCCUGUGACGCCUCCAUCCAUGGCACCAGCUCCUCCGAUAGUCGGCAGAGUUCACAAUGUCAGCAAUUUGUCACAGCUAGAAAACCACUUGAGAGCUGCAUCAAACUCUUGCGCCGUGAUUUUCUUUACUUCAUCGACGUGCCCACCCUGCAAAAUCGUCUAUCCAACAUAUGACGAGCUCGCAGAGGAGGUCGGUGAACAUGGAAGGCUCAUCAAGGUGGAUGUCGGCUCAGCCUACGACGUGAGCAGGAAGUACAACGUGCGCGCGACGCCCACUUUCAUGACCUUCCUCAAGGGCCAGAAACAGGAUCAAUGGAGCGGUGCUAAUCCAGCCCAGCUUAAGGGCAGGGUGCGAAUGCUUCUUGAGCAGGCAAAUCCACCGCACCCGCAUAGAAAUUUACGACUUCCCAGUCUCCAGCGCAACAUUACCAAUUUCGUCAUGUACAAAAAGGUCCCGCCUUUGGAGAAGCUCGUGCAAAAGCUUCCAGCGGCAUUCAAAGAGUCGCCGACUGUCGGGCCAGUCAUAGAAUUUGUCAAGCUUCGCCAUUCCGCAAGCAACGAUAAUACGCCCGCAGCAGAUAUCCGGGUGCCAGAUCUCCACGCCUUCGCUACGACUUUACAAGCAAUCUACGCCACUCUUCCCAGCGACAGCCACUUCGCAGUCGUUGAUCUUAUCCGCCUCCUAUUCCUCGACCCCCGCGUGAGCGGCUACUUUGCCGAGGAAACCAACCACACCACGCUCCUCACUCUCCUUGCACCCCUCUCCCAAGAAGACCUAUCCUCAUGCCCCUACAACCUCCGCAUAGUCGCGCUCCAACUCGCUUGCAACCUAUUCAGCACCCCACUCUACCCAGACCAACUCGCCUCACCUUCCUCUGCCCUGCGGGAAACCUGCCUCCGUCUCGCGACAAACUCCCUUCUCGACUCGCAAUCUAACCUCCGCGUGGUCGCUGCUUCAUUCGCGUAUAAUCUCGCUGCAUUCAAUCAUAAUGCCCGUUUCGAUGGACAUCCCGAUCGCCUCCCGGAAGAGGACCAGGUCGAAUUGACUGCGUCCUUGUUGGAAGCCGUUUCGCGGGAGGAUCAAAGUCCCGAAGCGCUGCAUGGUCUUUUAUUUGCUCUAGGCCUGUUCGUUUAUGAGGCACCCGUUGAUGGGAUGUUGAUUGAUCUUUGCCGUGCGAUGAGUGUGGGAGAGACUGUUGCUGCUAAAGUUAAGAUUCCGGCUUUGCAGAAGGAGCCGUUGUUGAAGGAGGUUGGGGAGGAAUUGUUUGGUAAAGGUCUUUAG